AUGAUUGUUACUGAUCAUAAUGGAAAUGCUCAAAAGCGUGAAAACGCAUAUUUUUAUCGUAGUGUUGUCAACAGGUGUUCAUAUCCAUUGCAUGAAGCAACGCAUUAUCCUGGUCAAGUCUAUUAUGCCCAAAAAUGGUUAAAUUCAAUCAAUUUUAUGAUUUCGAAUAGGGAUAUUGAUAAAUACUACUCAAGGGCAUGCUAUUUCUACCAAGGAAUUAUAUUUUAUUUAGAUAUGAGAAAAUUUUCAGAAGAAGAAAUUUCAAUAGUCCUAGAAAUAUUUGUUAAUCUUUCCAACGAAGUAAAUAAGUAUAUCCAGCCAUUUCUUGCAAAUUACAAAACACACGUUAGAAGAAUCUAUUACUUAAGGCAUUUCAACUCAUAUUUUGAAGAAAAGUUAAAUGAAAGCAUCCUUAUCCUUACUAAAUAUAUUUAUGAACUCAUGAAUAGCAUUCAAAAAUGUAUUAAGUUAAUUUGGGAUAAAUAUCAUGAUAAAGUUUAUCCAGGUUUCAUGAAAUCAGAUUACUAUAAAUCAAUUUUUAUUGAGAAAGAAUUCUUUCUUGAUCAAAUCGAUCCAUCUCCUCCUUAUUUUUAUGGUCAAAAAGAAGAUUAUGAUUAUCUCACAGAUAAACAAAAUUCUCCACAAUUACUAUUACUAGACACUCAAACAUCUGUUUCUGAUGAAAAAGAAUCUCAAAUCGAACAAUCUAACAUCGAAAUCGUUGAAAAACGAACUACAAACAUAGGUUCACCCUUGAUUGCUUGA